CACACAUCUGUGCCCAGAAGUGCCACCUACCUGUGCCCAGCAGUGCCACCCACCUGUGCCCACCAGUGCCCAGCAGUGCAGCCAAGCAGUGCUGCCAGUCAGUGCCACCAUCAGUGCCCAGCAGUGAUGCCAGUCAGUGCCACCUAUCAGUGCUGUCUAUCAGUACCCAUCAUCAGUGUCGCCUAUCAGUGCUGCAUAUCAGUGCCGCCUAUCCGUGACACCUCAUUAGUGCUGCCUAUCCGUGUCACCUCAUUAGUGCUGCCUAUCAGUGCUGCCUAUCAGUGCCCAUCAGUGCUGCCUGAUCAACGCACAUCAGUGAAGGAGAAAAAUUACCUGUUUGAAAAAUUUUAUAAUAGAAACAAAGAAACUUUUUUUUUUCACAUUUUUUGGAAUUUUUUUGUUUAU